AUGGCGGAGGAAAAAAGGCAGAUAGGAGACUCAUGGGAGGACCUGACUAUACCUGACAUCAGCCCAGAACCAUAUGUAAAAGUUGGAGCUGAGCCGAAUGAUGGGGCAGAAGAAGAAAGCUCCUCAGACAAGGUGGAGAAAUGUAGCCCAAACCUCCUCCAAAUGCUGAGGGCUGCUGAGAGCAGAUGGCCGACUCAGAGUAAGGACAGAGACAAGACAGAGGGAUCUGAGACCAGGGAGAUGAUUACUGAGGCUCUGAAAACUAACAUGCAAAUACAACUGAAUGACCCAAAGCAAGAGUUCAACAAACGUCCCACCAAGGCCCUUCCUCGCUCUUUGUCUCGGUCCAUGUCACAGUCAUCUAAUGACAGCCUGAAUUCAGCGGUGAGCAGCGACAACUCUGAGGGCGAGCUGUCUCCUCAAGACAAGCUGCAGAAGAACUCAAAAGGCCUGUCUGAUUUCUGCAUCAAAAACAUCAAACAAGCAGAAUUUGGACGCAGGGAAAUAGAGAUCGCACAGCAAGAAAUGCCCGGGCUGAUGAUUCUGAGGAAAAGAGCGGGUGGGGAGAAGCCUCUGGCUGGAGCCAAAGUGGUGGGAUGUACACACAUCACUGCACAAACAGCGGUGUUGAUUGAGACCCUGGUUGCUUUGGGGGCUCAGUGCCGCUGGGCAGCCUGUAACAUUUUCUCCACCCAAAAUGCUGUGGCUGCUGCCCUGGCUGAAGCAGGAAUCCCGGUGUUCGCAUGGAGAGGAGAAUCAGAGGACGACUUCUGGUGGUGCAUAGACAAAUGUGCUGCAGCGGACACCUGGGAGCCCAACUUGAUUCUGGAUGAUGGUGGUGACUUGACCCACUGGCUCUACAGGAAAUACCCAAGCCUGUCCAAGAAGAUCAAAGGCGUUGUGGAGGAAAGCGUGACGGGCGUCUAUCGGUUGUACCAGCUUUCCAAAAUGGGCAAACUGUGCAUUCCUGCCAUCAACGUAAACGACUCUGUGACCAAGCAGAAGUUUGACAACCUUUACUGCUGCAAGGAGUCCAUACUGGAUGGUUUAAAGAGAACUACAAACGUCAUGUUCGGAGGAAAACAAGUGGUUGUGUGCGGAUAUGGAGAAGUUGGUAAAGGCUGCUGCGCUGCUCUGAAAGCACUGGGCGCCAUUGUAUAUGUCACAGAAGUGGAUCCUAUCUGUGCCCUCCAGGCCUGCAUGGAUGGCUUCAGAGUGCUCACUCUGGGUGAAGUGGUCAGACAGGUGGACAUUGUCAUCACCUGCACAGGCAACAGGAACGUGGUGGAGAGGGAACAUUUCGACCGGAUGAAAAGCGGCUGCAUGAUCUGCAACAUGGGGCACACCAACACUGAGAUCGACUUGGCUAGUCUGCGGACGGCGGAGCUGGAGUGGCAGCACUUAAGACCUCAUGUGGACCAGGUUGUCUGGCCGGAUGGAAAGAGAGUCAUCCUGCUGGCUGAGGGUCGUUUGUUAAAUCUCAGCUGCUCCACUGUGCCCUCUUUUGUCCUCUCCAUUACAGCCACAACUCAGGCCUUGGCUCUUAUAGAGCUGUACAACGCUCCACAAGGGAGAUACAAAAAGGACGUCUACUUGCUGCCAAAGAAGAUGGAUGAGUAUGUUGCCAAUCUUCACCUACCAAUAUUUGAGGCUCACCUCACAGAGCUGACGGACGAUCAGGCCAAAUACCUGGGCGUCAGUAAAUACGGCCCCUUCAAACCCAAUUGUUACAGGUACUGAUCUUUUUCCUCGAGCUAAUCUGGAGUCCCAUCAGUCCUGCAGACAGACCUCUGCUGCCCUCUGUGGUCUGAGGCUCACCAGCUGUUGUGGAAUGAGGACGCAGGUUUUUCUUGGGUGCUUUGGCUCUUGUAAAUGUGCUCGCAUCUGUUUUAUAUGUUAACACUGAUACAGGUCAGAAACUUCCACAGAAUCCAGAAUGUGAUUUCAACUCCAGUCUGGAAUGAAUCCUAAAGGGUUCAAGGAAGAGAAACAGGGGAAACUGCACACACUACACACUAGGGGGCGUUAGAUGGCUGUUGUUUCCGGGAGAUUUUUGCUGGUAAUACACUAGUUAUUUUCUCUGUCCACUUAAAAUGAAUAUAGACCUCUAGAGCCCACAAAAUAGCUACUGAAAGUCCACUGAAAACAUCCAAUUAUGAUUUAGGGAAAAUCACUGAACAUGUAUGUGUGUAUUAAUAAUAUUUACUCUGAGGGAAAGCAUAGUUUUAUUUUGAUUAAACUAAAUUAAGUCAACCAAAUUUUGGGUAUUUCAAUGAAGUUACAACAUUUUUAAGGUUAGGAUUCUGUGUGUUGUUUUUCCGUAUUUUUUUCCAGU